AGGAGGGUCGAGGAUGAGCGUCAAAACUGUCUUAUGCGUUUCAAGACAAAUGAAUCUCCCGAAACUACUGAAGAGGAACUUAUUUUAGGGAGAAAUGGCUCAUUUGUCUCAGCUGGACUCACAUCCAGCGCGAGUUAUUGCUUCUCUCGGCUCCGCGUCCGGUGCCAUUUAUGCGCAGUUGGUUCCUCCAAGAAGCCGUCUCUGUCUCCACACACAGAUCCGCCUCACUUUGGACUGCUCAUCAUCCCGGGGACCGUCCGCAGACCAGCAGGGGAGCAAGACUCCGAUGGAAAACCAUGCAGCACGUUGAACCCAUGGAGACAUGGCACAUAGGCGCUCAUCUGCAAACAGAGUCAGCGCUAGAGUCGCCUUCAUAUUCACCCUGUCAUUGUCUUGUACCUACGUGUGCUAUAAUAUCAUUUUCGAUCGCAGCAUGGUCGUGAGAAACCGAGGUUACGAGGGGAAACGAUGCCCGCCGAGCAAGAACGCAGGAGGGAAGAAACUUCUGGGCAAAUCGGACCUUUGCGCGUCGCUGGAAGUCCGGUCCGCGCCGGGUGGCCCCGCCGCCCGGAGAGGAGCGAGCGAUGCCCGGGACCAGAGCCGCCCCCCCGACCCCCCCGGGGCCGGGGGCCACUGGGCUGACGGGACCUGGAGGAACAUGAGUGUGGCGCAAAAAUACGGGAACAAGAAGCUGCCCAAUGCGCUAAUAGUUGGCGUGAAGAAAGGAGGAACCAGGGCGGUGCUGGAGUUCAUCCGGAUACAUCCAGAUGUGCGCGCACUCGGGACAGAGCCGCACUUUUUCGACAGAAACUAUGACAGAGGGCUGGACUGGUACAGGGGAUUGAUGCCACGGACACUGGACAGCCAGAUCACAUUGGAGAAGACUCCCAGUUACUUUGUGACCAGAGAAGCACCUCAACGGAUCUCCAGCAUGUCCCACGAGACCAAGCUCAUCGUUGUGGUGCGAAACCCCGUCACGCGAGCCAUCUCGGACUACACACAGACUCUCUCCAAGAAGCCUGACAUCCCUACAUUUGAAGAGCUAGCUUUUAAGAACAGGAGUUCGGGCCUCGUGGACACGUCCUGGAAUGCCAUUCGGAUUGGGAUGUACAUCCUGCACCUGGAGAACUGGCUGCAGUACUUCCGCCUGUCACAGAUACACUUUGUGAGCGGUGAGCGGCUGAUAACGGAUCCAGCUGGGGAAAUGGGCCGCGUUCAGGACUUUUUAGGGCUCAAACGAAUAAUCACGGACAAGCACUUCUACUUCAAUCGAACCAAAGGUUUCCCCUGUCUGAAGAAGCCCGAGAGCAGCAGCCAGCCGCGAUGUCUUGGCAAAUCCAAGGGCAGGACUCACGUACAGAUCGACCAGGAGGUCAUUGAGCAGCUGCAGGAGUUUUAUAGGCCAUUUAACAUCAAAUUCUAUGAAACUGUCGGAAAAGAUUUCAAAUGGGAUUGAAUGUAAAGAAUAAGUGCAGUUCUUCAAAUGGCUACCUCUGGAGACAUGUCACACAAAAAUGAGGAUGUCUUUAACAAAUUAUUUAAUGAACUUUGUAUAGGGUUCAGAUUGUUAUAAAGUUGUAUACAAAAUCUAACUCUAUAAGUUUCCCAUCAUGCACUUGGUAUAUGUAAUUUAUUCACCCAAAAAGUAUAUACCAACCCAGCUUCCUUCUAGCCAACGUGCUGAAAAAUCCUCAUAAAGCCUUCCUGCAUUUAAUCAGACCAGACAUACCACGACGACUUUCAUGUUAAUAAUUUACAUUGCUUACUCAGUCAACAUUUCCUCUGAAAAUGAACUGGCAUCUUUACUGUCACAAUGAG